GAAGAGGCUCCUGAAGAACAGAGUCCUGAGGGGGAGCAGGACACUGAGGAGGAUGAAGAGGACAGUGAUGUAGAACACCCUCUCUCUGACCUGAAACACUUGUCAGACUCUGGAUAUAAGAAAUGUUCUACAAAGAAGAGAAAUGUGAACUCACAAAGGAAAGUCCAGACUGGAAAGAAACUUGCCUGUGAAGACUGUGGCAAAACAUUUUUUGGUAAAUCCGCUUUAAACACACACAUGAGAAUCCAUACAGGAGAGAAUCCUUUCAGUUGUAAUCAAUGUGGAAAAAGGUUUAACCAAAAAGGAAAUUUAAAAACACACAUGAGAACACAUACGGGAGAGAAGCCUUUCCACUGUAAACUAUGUGAUCAACGAUUUAGCUCCAAAUCACUUUUAAACAGACACAUGAGAAUCCAUACAGGAGAGAAGCCUUUCUAUUGUGAUCUAUGUGGACAUAGCUUUACCCAAAAAGGAUCUUUAAACACACACAAGAAGAUCCAUACAGGACAGAAGCCUUUCUGUUGUGAUCUGUGUGGAAAAGGAUUCAGCCAUAAAUCGUAUUUAAAUAAGCACAUGAGUAUGCAUACGGGACAGAAGCCUUUCUGUUGUGAUCUAUGUGGAAAAAGAUUUACCCGAAAAGAAUCUUUGACCACACACAUGAAGAUCCACGCGGGACAGAAGCCGUUCUCCCAAAAAGAAUCUUUGACCACACACAUGAAGAUCCACGCGGGACAGAAGCCGUUCUGUUGUGAUCUAUGUGGAAAAACAUUUAGCCUGAACUGUAAUUUAAACACACACAUGAGAAUCCAUACAGGACAUAAGCCUUUCUGGAGGGACGCCGGCAUCACACACCCUCGCUCCGUGAUCAUCCUCUUUGCCUUCCGCACAGCGAGGGACGACGUCUGGAAAAAUGCACGAAACCACACUUUCCUGAGGGAGAAGAGGCUCCGCUUUGGCGAGGAUCUCACUCAGUCCGACAAGAAAACCCGAGAGAGGCUGUGGCCCCGCAUCGAAGAAGCCAGGAAACAAGGAAAGCGAGCUUUUUUUAGAGGAACCCGAGCCUUCAUAGAGGAUACGGAGAUCUUUUAA